CUAGCCCUGGGGCAGCCGAUAUGUGGCGCUGCGGACGGGCGGGUCAUGUGGCUGUCGGUGCUGCUGGUAGAGGUGGUUGGGAGGGAGGGGCGGGUCGAUGGUCAGCUCGAAGCCGAACUGGUCCUUGAUGGCCCGCAGUGUGUCGCCGUGGUGAAACAGCUUGAAGGUCACGCCGUUGCCGAAGUGGAUGUGAAGGUCGACCAUCUUGAGCUGAGCCAGCACACGGGGAGCGGCCGAAUACGCCUGCACACACAACACACCACACACCGAUUGAGAGCCAUCCUCCCUCCCUCCCUCCCUCCCUCCCUCGGUUGGCUUACCGUCUUGUUUGGGUAUUGGUGCAGAUCGGCUGCAGUGAGCCUCACAGGCAGCUGGCAGUUGCCGCACUGCCCCGCCAGCUCGACCGCCUCGCUCAUCUCACUCCAGCCGCCCGCCUCCGUCACACACAGCGCCGCCAGCACGUCACCCACACCCAUCUGCUGGUCAUCGAAGGUCAGCAGCUGCUGUCCGUUGGCCGCCCGCCGCAGCCCCGCCUGAGUGCUGAGGGAAUGUCCGAGCCGCUGCCGCAGCUGAGGCGCUUUGAAGAGCUCUCUGAGCCAGCGGCAUGUGGCCCUCAGCUGCAGGACAUCAUCGAGGCUGAGAAGGAAGAAGCUGCGGCGGCCGACGAAGAUGUACUCGAUGGGGUGCUGCUGCUGGUUGGGCUGCUGUUCUUGUGUGUCCUGCAUCACGGCAGUCAAGAUCUGCCGAGAGGCAGAUGGGCGAGAGAGAGGAAGGGCGGGCGGGGGAGGCGAUGCCUCAAGACGAGAUGCCGGGCAACCAAAGAUGGGCGUGGGCACUCCUAGGGUAUGUGUUCUGUGACCUACGACUGCCCAGGGCUG